AUGAGCAUAUCAUCAGCAUAUCCAACUCCUUACAUCCACUCACUUACAAGACCCCAUUUCCAUCCCUAUCCUAUCCCCACUGCCCCAUCUCCGUCCCUAUCCUAUCCCCACUGCCCCAUCUCCGUCCCUAUCCUACCCCCACUGCCCCAUCUCCGUCCCUGUUCCAUCACCACUGCCCCAUCUCCGUCCCUGUCCUAUCCCCACUGCCCCAUCUCCAUCCCUAUACCUUCCCCACUGCCCCAUCUCCGUCCCUAUCCUAUCCCCACUGCCCCAUCUCCGUCCCUAUCCUAUCCCCACUGCCCCAUCUCUGUCCCUGUCCCUUCCCCACUGCCCCAUCUCUGUCCCUGUCCCUUCCCCACUGCCCCAUCUCCGUCCCUGUUCCAUCCCCUCUGCCCCAUCUCCAUCCCUGUCCCUUCCCCACUGCCCCAUCUCCGUCCCUGUUCCAUCCCCUCUGCCCCAUCUCCAUCCCUAUCCUAUCCCCACUGCCCCAUCUCCGUCCCUGUCCCUUCCCCACUGCCCCAUCUCCGUCCCUGUUCCAUCCCCUCUGCCCCAUCUCCAUCCCUGUCGCUUCCCCACUGCCCCAUCUCCAUCCCUGUCCCUUCCCCACUGCCCCAUCUCCGUCCCUGUUCCAUCACCACUGCCCCAUCUCCGUCCCUGUCCUAUCCCCACUGCCCCAUCUCCAUCCCUAUACCUUCCCCUCUGCCCCAUCUCCAUCCCUAUCCUAUCCCCACUGCCCCAUCUCCGUCCCUAUCCUAUCCCCACUGCCCCAUCUCCGUCCCUAUCCUAUCCCCACUGCCCCAUCUCCGUCCCUGUUCCAUCACCACUGCCCCAUCUCUGUCCCUGUCCCUUCCCCACUGCCCCAUCUCCGUCCCUAUCCUAUCCCCACUGCCCCAUCUCCAUCCCUAUACCUUCCCCACUGCCCCAUCUCCGUCCCUGUCCCUUCCCCACUGCCCCAUCUCCGUCCCUAUCCUAUCCCCACUGCCCCAUCUCCAUCCCUGUCCCUUACCCACUGCCCCAUCUCUGUCCCUGUCCCUUCCCCACUGCCCCAUCUCCGUCCCUAUCCUAUCCCCACUGCCCCAUCUCCAUACCUAUCCUAUCCCCACUGUCCCAUCUCUGUCCCUGUCCCUUCCCCACUGCCCCAUCUCUGUCCCUGUCCCUUCCCCACUGCCCCAUCUCCGUCCCUGUUCCAUCCCCUCUGCCCCAUCUCCAUCCCUAUCCUAUCCCCACUGCCCCAUCUCCGUCCCUGUCCCUUCCCCACUGCCCCAUCUCCGUCCCUGUUCCAUCCCCUCUGCCCCAUCUCCAUCCCUGUCCCUUCCCCACUGCCCCAUCUCCAUCCCUGUCCCUUCCCCACUGCCCCAUCUCCGUCCCUGUUCCAUCGCCACUGCCCCAUCUCCGUCCCUGUUCCAUCCCCACUGCCCCAUCUCCAUCUCUGUUCCAUUGCCACUGCCCCAUCUCCAUCCCUGUCCCUUCCCCACUGCCCCAUCUCCAUCCCUAUACCUUCCCCACUGCCCCAUCUCCGUCCCUGUUCCAUCGCCACUGCCCCAUCUCCAUCCUUAUACCUUCCCCACAUAUCCACAUAUCCCCCAUAUCCAGCAACCCUAUCUUCAUCCCUACCCCAUUCCCCAGUGCCCCGUCAUCUUUCCCAUCCCAUCCCCAACAGGCCCAAUCCUAAUUCUUAAUGCCAUCCCUGAAAGGCCCAUAUUGAUCUCCACCCCAUGCUCUCGUCUCCUUCACCAUACCUACAGCCCCUUCUUCAUUCCUACCCCAUGCUCAUGUGGCCCACCUUCAUUCACAACAUAUCCCAGCAACCCCAUCAUCAUUCUUAUCCCAUCCCCAUGUGUCCCAUCUCCUUCUCCAUCCCAUCCCUGCAGCCCCAUCUUUAUUUCUACCCCAACUCCUUCCACAUCCCAUUCUCCACAGGCCCAAUCUUUAUUCCCACCCCAUCACUAA